AAACACAACCAAAAUAAAACGGGAUUUCGUCCAAUGGCAGUACGAGACGCAAUAUGCCGAAAAAGUAGAGGAAAUUUCCAGACGCUUCGUAUCAAAGGUCUACAUAUUCCGAGGCUGUCGUGCGGGAACGUCAGAUCUUACGCUGGCAGGUCGCAAUUCUUUUUAUUCACCAGUACACUUUGGAAAUUGAUCAUGAAUCGACCAGAAUCGUCAGCCAAUGCAAGUAAAUUGUGCGCCGUGUGCCGUGCGAAAGCCUCGCAAAUUUGUAGCGGUUGUGGUGAAAUCGCUUACUGCUCUAAAGAACAUCAGAAACAACAUUGGUCAUCUAGUCAUAAAAGCCAGUGCAAACCCUAUAAAGUUGUGUUCGACGAGAAAUUUGGACGUUGUAUGGUGGCAUCGAAGAACAUCAAACCCAGAGAAAUAAUAUUUAGAGAAAAAGCAAUUAUGACAGGACCGAAACAAGGCAGUCUGCCUUGUUGUCUUACGUGUUACACGAGUUUAGAGAAUGUCGAAGAAGCCAGUCUCUUCCGGUGUCCUGGAUGCAAUUUCCCAUUUUGCCAAGAAAAAUGUGCCAAGAGCUCCGAACACCUUUCAGCAGAGUGCCUCAUUUUAAGUCGUGCCAAAUUGCACGUCACCAUCAACGACAUGAGCAAAUUUCAUCCGAUUUACCUCUGCAUUCUUCCGCUUAGGUGUCUUUUACUGAAAACCACACAGCCUCAAUUAUUUCAGGCAUUCAGCGAACUGGAACACCACAACGACCUGCGUCGGCAGACUGACAUGUGGGACGUCUAUCAAGUCAACGUCGUCGAAUUCCUUCGCACAAUUUGCGGCGUGGCCGAUCAGUUCAGCGAAGAAGAGAUUCACUCGACUUGCGGAGCUCUAGACAUCAACUCGUACGAAGUCCGGCUGUUUGGACACAACAACAGAGAAGCAUUAGGUGUUUUUACGUUAGCAUCCAUGAUGUCCCAUAACUGCGUUGCCAACACGCAUCAUGUCAUCGAUGCCAAUUAUCGGAUGACCGUUCGAGCCUCAGUUGCAAUCAAGGAAGGCGAGCAGAUAUUCGCUAGUUAUACUUUGCCUCUAGAAGGGACGAUAGUAAGACGAUCUGUGUUGCGUCAGAGUAAAUUGUUUGAAUGCCGUUGUCUUCGUUGCUCCGAUCCGACGGAAUGUUCUACUUUUUUGUCCGCUCUGCGUUGCCCGAAAUGCCCGACUGGCGCCGUACUGCCCAUCCGGCCACUGGAAGAGAAGGACACCCAAUGGCAAUGUUCUCAAUGUACUUAUCAAUUAACAGCUGCCAUAGUGAAUCGAUUAAUCAACAAAAUCAUGGAAAAAUUUGAAGCUAUUGGACCUAACGACGUAGAAAAAUUCGAAGAAUUUCUCAGUCGAUACGCCUCACUGCUCCACCCCAAUCAUUACCUGUUCACUAGUGCCAGGCAAUCAUUGAGCCAAUUAUACGGCAGAGAUGAACGUUAUUUACUCAACACUUUAACGAUGGAACAGCUGGAACGAAAAGUCUCCAUCUGCCAGCAACUGAUGGCUGUCGCGGAUAUCGUCGAGCCUGGACUCACUCGAAUCAGAGGCGUGACGCUGUACGAAAUGCACGCCCCAAUGUUAUUGAUGGCAAGAAAAAUAUUUGAGGCGGGGCAUUGCACGCCCACCGAACUGAAGGAAAAGAUUGAAACCGUUCGCAGCAUCUUAUCGGAAGCGACGAAAAUCCUCUCACUGGAAGAUCCAUCGUCAAGCGAAGGAGCCAUGGGUAUGGCAGCUGUUCAAUCCCUGUGCCAAAUUCAACGUUGGAUUCUUACCAUGUGACAAACGUACUGGCAAGAAUGUCGUCCACCAGCAGAUGCCCCAAUGUCAAUACUGUCUACCAUUGUCCAUAACACAGUCUGCCUUUUGUUUAUGCCACGUUUCAGUCUAACAAUAGAAAAGCGUAUUAACUAGAGGAUAACGAGAACAAUAAAUGGCCAGUUGCUUGACCUUUCCCCACGUUUCAUGGCUGACGUUGAA